GUGCUUGAGACUAUUCAAUCGUUGUUGAACGUUAGAACAUCCGAGUUGUAAAAUUUUCAAUAUAUCUGUCAAAAUGAAAUUUGCUUUGAUUGCGCUUAUUGUUUUCUGUGCUGCUGUGACUUUUGGAGCCUCCGAUCCAGUUGAAUUCAGUAACAAUAACAUUCAUGACAUUAUCAACAUUGAUGCACAAGCAAAUUUAGUACUUAGCAGUGCUGUGGAAUUGGAUAUUGUUAGUUUGAUUGCUGGACUCAUGAACCAACAAGCUGUCGUCGCCGCAAGUGGAGGUGCCAUGCCCAUGGCCGAACCUGCCUCUGAAUCAGAAUAAAAUAAAAAUUUCCAAUCGUAAAAAAAGAGAAAAUCAA